UAUUACUGCUGAUAAGCGGGACUGUGUGAGCUGAUCAAGUAGUGAGACAAGCAUUCAGAGCAGGAGCAGCACAGCAGCAGCAGCGCUGUAGUCGCAGAGAGCCGUGGCAGCAGAAGCAGCAGCACUAUCAGUCACAGCGCAGGCAGCAGCGACAGCAGCAGCAGCAACAAACUCUCCUGCCUUUUUCCCUCUUCUUUCUGGAGUUGUUUCCUGCUCAGUGGACAAAAGCCAAGGAAGUAGGAGGGAAGUGAUCCAGGGCUGAUAGCUGCCACCUAAAACAAAACCAAAACGCAGACCUGGCUGCCCACAUGCCUAUCGAAUUUGUUUGCAAAAUCAAAUUUGCAGAGGAGGAUGAGAAGCAGAAAAGCCAGCAGGAUGGGGAUAAGGAGAGCCUGAUCGAGGAGAGCUGCACACCACCGGCCAAAGACUUGGCCGGGUUUGCCAACUCCUGCUCCCUCCAUGGGAUUAACCACAUCUUUGUCUCUGGUCGUCUGGGCAUCCGGCAGACUCUGUGGGCUCUUGCCUUCUUGACUUCUCUAGCACUCUUUCUGUACCAAGCCGCUAAGUGUGCCAUCUCCUACCUGGAGCAUCCUCAUGUCACGGCUUUGAAUGAAGAGGCGAGCCCUGAGAUGGUUUUCCCUGCUGUGACCAUCUGCAACAUCAACCGCUUCCGCUUCUCCGCUCUGACUGACGCCGACAUCUACCACCUGGCAAACCUGACAGGUCUGCCCCCCAAAAACAGGGAUGGACACAAACCCACUGAUUUGAUGUAUCCCGCUCCUGACAUGCAGGACAUCUUCAACAGGACGGGACAUCAGCUAGAUGAGAUGCUGAUGAGCUGCAAUUUCAGUGGACAGAACUGCUCCAGCGAGGACUUCUCUGUGGUUUACACCAGAUAUGGGAAAUGCUACACCUUCAACGGCAACAAGACGACAUCCAGGAAAUCCAAGCAGGGUGGAAUGGGAAAUGGGCUGGAGAUCAUGCUGGAUAUCCAGCAGGAUGAGUAUCUGCCCAUAUGGAGAGAGACAAAUGAGACUUCCCUGGAGGCGGGCAUUAGAGUUCAGAUCCACAGUCAGGACGAGCCUCCUUACAUUCACCAGCUGGGCUUUGGCGUCUCGCCUGGCUUCCAGACCUUUGUUUCCUGUCAGGAGCAAAGGCUGACCUACCUGCCCCAGCCCUGGGGGAACUGCCGCUCCACCAGCAAGGAGAAGUUCCCAGGAUACGACACGUACAGCAUCAGCGCCUGUCGUUUACUCUGCGAGACCAACGAAGUCAUGCGGGUGUGCAAGUGCAGAAUGGUGCAUAUGCCUGGAACCGCGGAUAUCUGCCCUCCCAGUAAAAUCAGCUGUGUUGACAAAGCACUCGCACAGCUACAGAAGAACAGCGGGGAUACCUGUCCAUGCGAGACGCCCUGUAAUCUCACCCGCUAUGGUAAAGAACUCUCCAUGGUCAAAAUCCCCAGCAAGGGCUCGGCUCGGUAUCUCUCCAGGAAAUACGACAAGUCGGAGGACUACAUCAGAGACAACUUCUUGGUUUUGGACAUCUUCUUUGAAGCAUUGAACUAUGAAACAAUCGAACAAAAGAAAGCAUACGAUGUUGCAGGUUUAUUAGGUGACAUUGGUGGACAGAUGGGCUUAUUCAUUGGAGCCAGCAUCCUGACAGUAUUAGAAAUACUGGAUUACAUAUACGAGGUGAUCAAGCACCGGCUACAACGUCUGCUGAGACCGCAGAAAGAGGAGAAGAAGACCAAGCAGCCGACAACAACAGUUGCAACAGUUGGUCUAGAAGAAAUGAAAGCAAAGGAGCCAGAUGACAUGACACGGAGUCACCCAGACGGGGCAUACGCCAACACGAUUCUCCCCAAUCACCACCAACCUCACCUGCACCCCCACCCUCACCCCCACCACCAUCGUGCUGGACAUCAUGGGGUGUUUGAGGACUUUGCUUGCUAAAAGACAAUCUUUGUUUCCAAUUCUGGUGACAACACACGAUAGGAACGUUUUCUGUGUUGAGAUCAAUAAACAGACGUCUCCCCAUUUCCACCAUUUCCUUGCUGUCACCAGAGGAAAAGCUACAGCCAAAGUCAGACACCAAACUUGUGCUGCUAACAAACCACUCGUACGGACAGUAUAGGCACAAAUCGGACACAGCUUCUUCUUUUCGCCCUUUUUUUUUUUAUUUUGUUAUUUCUCUUCUCUCACUCUGAAUGGGAUCCUGCUCAACUCUGACCUGCUUCACUUUCAGCCCUGAUACUUUUUGAUUACAGGACGAACUUUUUGGUAUAUGGUCACCGCAAAAGGAAUGAGAGCAGAACUGCAUGUCACCUUGAUCCAGUUUGUUCUCUACAAGAAAAAAAAGAUGGUUUAUUUAUUCAGUUUCUAUAUUCUGGUCAUUAUUCUGUCUAUAUUAACACAUCUGAUGCUCCUCAGUCUACUUCUCCAUGAAGCCGUACCACGUCGAGCAUUACACAUGACAAAUUAUGUAAUUAUUUAGAGAUAUUACGAUCUAUAUGUUCAGUAUUGUAUACAAGCAGACAGUACUUCAGUAAGAAAACCCGACUCGUGUUAGACAUCUGAUGUGAGAGUGAAAUAAUUUAGGGUGAAAAAUACGACUCUGGGGAACUAGCGGCAUCUUUCCACCGUACAUCUUGUCUGCUUUGUGGUUAAGGUGUUAGAGAGUAGCUGUGUACUUGUACAUCACAUCAGAAAAGGGUAUGUUUUAAUGGUUGUUGUUUAUAUUUAUUUAAUAUAUACUUAUGUAAUAUCCAUUUGAGUUAUUUAUACAUUUUAGAAAAGAUUUUUAUAUGAAAAUAGCAAUCACGAUUGUAACAAUUACUGUACAGGACUGCCAAACAUCAGCACACUUCAUCCAGGUAACAACAAGGGACUGAAUGGACAUGAAUCCUCAACGUGGUCUCCUUUUAUAUGUUCUGCUUUUUACAAAACAACUGUUCCACAUGAAUGAGAGACGUCAUGUUUUCAGUUGUACUUGAAUUAUUUGUCUAAUUCUAUUGGUUUCUGCCCUCCAUCCACCUUUUGUUUUGGUUGGAAAUGGGAACACAACUUUCUGCUAACAUAAGCAAUAAGAGAGGAUUUACCUUCUUUUGCAAAGUCAUUUCCUUCAGAUGUGGCCCAGAACCACUGCAAAAGCACAGCAGCUAUUUACAGGGUGAACCUGGCACCGGUGCGCGUGCAAGUGUGUGUGUGUGUGUGUGUGUGUGUGUGUGUGUGUGCGUGUGUGUGUGUGUGUGUGUGUGUGCGUGCGUGCGUGUGUGUGCGUGUGUGUGUGUGUGUGUGUGUUUGCUUGCAUACUUUAACAUUUUGCACACAUGACUGAGCACAUUAAAGUGACGCGACUCGGCUAAGCUGAUCCAUUAAAAAAUGGAGGGUUGGAAUUAGAGAGGUUAGCGGGAGCGCUAAGUGUUUUUUUUUUAUCUGCUGAAUCCAGCUCUGGAGAGGCAAACAGUUCUGUAAAAUAAACGUUGUUUCAAAGUUUGGUGCAUCCUUAUUGGUUUAAGCUUGAAGAUACGGGACGAGGCCAUGGUGGAUUUUAAGAGCACAAGUUUUAAAAAUGGAGCUGACAUGUAAUUAUGAGCACGUGGAUUCACUCAUUUCUUCUAUUUUUGUAAUCACAAGGUCAAGUUGGCCCCUUUUGGCCUUUGUCACCACAAGAGAAACACUUUUAGAUUAAUGAAGUUGGGGCUUUUCAGAAAUUUGUUCAAGAGUUAUUUCAUUAAAACAUUUUUGGCCAUCUUUUUAAAACAUUCCCAUCACUUUAUUAAAUAUGUCAAGGAGCUAAGCUCAAGAAUAGCCCAAAUUCUUUGGGCUGGUUAGUUUUUCAGAAGACCCUGGAAGCAUUUCUUUAGUCUUUUCUCACAUUCUGCUCAUAGCACAAAAUGCCCCCAUCUUUUUUUCCACAAAAGGGUAAAACACUUGCAGAUUAUAGAUAUUUAGUUUCUGCAAUGGAAACUAUUCAAUAGAAAAGACAAACAGAGCUUUCUGACUCACUGGGUCACAUUUUCCGUUUUGCAGCGUCUUCAUUCGUUUGCAGGAAAUAAACAAACUUGAUUUAUUUGUGCUUAUCAAUGACUUAAGUCGUCAUCAGUCCACGUGUUGAAAUAUGUGCCGUCACCUCUGUGUAACCUAUGAGUCACCAGAAAUGGUUUUGUUUGGGUGAACAUUUCCAGCACGAGAAGAAAAAUGCUGCAGUUUGGACUGGAACGAGUCAUUUAUGUUAUUCUGUUCAUGCAAAGGUCUAAAAAAUUAAAAUUUUAAGAGAAUCAAAACAUGAGGAAACAAAUAAGAUGGGACACACGUUGGCAGACAAUCUAAUUUAAAAAUAUAUAAUCUAUUUAAUUCUGUGUCAAUACAUGACUGAAUUUCUUUUCCUGUUAAUUUGACUGAUAUAUGCUGUUGCUGCAGUUUCGCCAUGAAUCUCUACGGCUCACAAUGAGAUUCCUGUCUCCAUCUCUCAAAUCCCCUCCUUCUUCCCAGUAAUCAUGUGCUAUACAUGGCUGUUUAAUAUUCAUAAUCAUGUGUCACUUUGACAUUUUCAAAAGGUUCCCAAUCACGGUCUCUGAUGGCAUCCUGUACGGGCUAUGCAUAGCAAUCUUCCCCUCUGUCAUCAAUAAUUGUAGCUAUCCUCAGAGAAGUCACACCAGGGCCGGGGUGUCGAGCUGAAUGCAGGACAGAAUUAUCACUCUACCUUUUUUACUUGAAUGGAGUCAAUGUAUGAAAAAUAAAUAAAUAAAAAUGUUCAUCAGCGGCACAUUAAGACCCAACUUAGCUAAUUCUGAGUCCAAAACCUUUUUAGAUGACAGAUUGGUGAGCUUGAAGAGCUUAUUUAACAUCAGAUGUGUGCGUAGGUGUGUGUGUGUGUGUGUGUGUGUGUGUGUGUGUGUGUGUGUGUGUGUGUGUGUGUGUGUGUGUGUGUGUGUGUGUGUGUGUGUGUGUGUGUGUAUGUGUGUGUAUGUGUGUGUGAUGUGUAACGGGGGAACACUUCUAAUCCUUGACAUGUAGCUCACGUUACUGGAAUUCCUCAAGCUUCUUAUCCGAGUUCCCAUCUUCCACUCACAGCGUCUACCCUGUAUGUGCUUAUUUCAAUAUAAAUAAAGUAAACUGAAUCUCACUGGCCAGGGGUGGUAAAUUCGAAGUAUCUGACAUUUUGUUUAAAGGUGUCGAACUCUAAAAAAAAAUAAACCCAAAUAAAUAAAUACUCUUAAGUCGUCCUUCACUGAGAAACCAUUUUUACGUAUUUUUUAUUAUAAACAGUCACUUUGAGUUUUUCUUGCAGGCUGAACAUGAAAAUGGUGUCCUGCACCUAUCUCCUGAAUUAGCUUCUGAUAGAAAAUAAAUGAUGAAAUGCUAGAAUUUUAAAAGCCGGCCAGAUCUGCAUCAAAUGGUCACUUGGACUCACUCAUCUUGGCUCAUGAUGGGGAAGGCGGUUCUUUUUCCAUCCAGGAAACUGCAUUGAACAUCUUGGCUAGCAGAAGCUAACCGUUAACAACAGCAACUCAACCACACAGAAGAAGCUUC